GCCGCAGUACUCCCAAAGGUGCGUACUCCUCUGGUCUUGCAUUAUUCGCAUAUUCUUCAUUUUACCAAGCCCCACUCUGCCACUGGCAGUGGUCACGGUCUUUUAUAACCGGUGGCGCACUAGCACGGCCCGGGGGCAACUUUCAUCGUGCAGCGCUUUUAGGCCGCUGUAGUACUAGACUAAGUUCCUUGCCCCGGCGUACUUGUCAUGGUGCGCCCCAGGCGCCGUCAGGACAGCGCACCACACAACCUUGACAGCGCGGCGCUCUAAUCGUACGCCUAGGGGGUUAUUGUCCAUCAUUCCAGGCUGCGCUUGGGGCUGAGUCUUGCUCCCGCACAGCGCGUUGUCGUAGCAAUCAGCUAGUCUGGCGUGUGCGCCCGCUUGGCUUUGGGACUCCAACACCUAGUCAUAAAGACCUACUCCGCGAGCUUGUCGCGAUUGAUCUUCACCACCAGGCUGCGCACUUACGUCAAAGGCUCACUGUUAUCAGGCUGUCGUAGACUCGUAGGACAGCGCAUUGGCCUCGGAGCCCGAGGAUGAUCAGUAUUUUACAGACCAUAGCAUAAUGUCACUGGUUGUUUGCGAGGCCGCUCAGAUACUGGCACUGGCCCAGUUCAUGGUAAAUAUAUAUAAUAUUUUGGAUUCACAUCAUCCCUCUUUAAAUAUCUAGACGUGCAUUUUUGUGAUCUGCAAAGGUCAAUACAUGUAGCUCGACACUGGGCAUCUUAGCACUCGCGCUCAAUCAGACCUUCUACUCGCUGUCGUAUCAACCUACUCUCGGGCGCAAAGUUCUGAAUCUGGUGGAUCACUUCGCCGACGAGUUCUUGAUGGGCAAGCCUGAGGGAAACGGGGGGAUCACGCUCUUCACACCACCUAGCUUACCUUUUGCGAGAUUUUAAAAUACGCACAAUCCUAACCAAAGCCACAGAAGGUAAUAUAUAUUGUAUUGCUGAUGAUCAC